GUCUCGAUUUGCGCCGGCGGCGGAAGCAAUUCAUCUCCAUGGCGGCGACCGCGCUCCGGACCACCUGCCAGCGGAUCGGCGGCCGGGCCCUCCGGCCAUGGCUGGCCCCCGCGGCGGCGCAUCAGAACCAGCCCACCACCUCUCGCCUCUUUCACAGCACGAAGGCGGCCGCAACUCACUCAGCUGAGAUCCAGCAGGUCAAAGAGGAGCUCUACUGCAUGAUGUCCGAAAACAGGGACAAGAUAGGAAAUCAGAAGGGCCUGAUCAAGCACCUCUCAUCCCAUGUGGAGCCUAAACCCGAGGACCCUGUCUGGCGCUUCUAUCGCAGGGCAAAAUGGUACCAUUUAGUCAUGAUGUAUAGCCCAGCAUUCCUUUAUGGCUACAUGUCUAUGUUGGAUGUGCCUGAUGGCAAGAAGGAGAUGACACCAGCUGAGAAGGAUGAUUUUAACAAGAGGAUGGCCGCGUUGAUGCCCAAUGUGGAACUUUGAGGGCAGCUAGUUGCAUAGUGACUAACCCCAGCACUUUAUGUAGUUGCCAUCUUGCCAUUGCUCUGUUUGGACACUGCGGCUUUGUUAGACUAAAUUAUCUGUCAUGUUCAGUGCGAUUAUACGUUAUGGUAAGGCUGAACUAGCUGUGAUGCUUGGUGAAAAGUGCUAUCUUAAAAGUUAAGACUGAGUUAUCAGUGAGAAUAUUGGCUCAAGUGGUAUGGUACUAUGUUGAUGUUAUUUGGGUCUCCCUUGGCAAGUUAGUUGAUUGGUUCUUUGUUUGUUUAA